AUGUCGCUGAAACUCGGCUGUGAGGAGUGCAUUUCAGAGUACGGGCAUGAUGGACGGCCGUAUCAAUUCGUGUUCUCUCCUAGCGGAAGAUGGGCCGCAAGCACCGCGUGGAAUCGCACCGGGAAUCCAGGGAUGUCGGAAUGCAUCAUGUGGGACAGUAAGACCGGAACAUCCCACCCUUCCCAAUGGUACCACCUCGCAGAUGCGCCCUCCUACCCAACUUUGCCAACUUCUUUCGCGUUCUGUUCGACUGAGAAGCAGUGGGCCCUCGCAUCGCGCCACGACAUAUCCGUCUUCCCUCUUGAAACUCCCCCGACAAGUUCUACAGAUCACUCUCAACCCGUCGGGCGCAUCGACCUUCAGCCUCUCGAUGGCCUGGUUGCGAGACUCUUGUGGUCUCGGGACGGCAGCCGGAUAUUCGCUCAGGAUUCCAAAGCGAAUGUCCACAUCUACGAUGCUCUGACAUUCACCCACCUCCGUACCCUCUCUCCUCCGCCCGUCUACACGCAAGCUCUCGGCGUGGUUCAGCGUGUGAGCACUUUGGCGCUGUCGGAGGACGAACAGUAUCUCCUCUCCGACGUCGCGCUGCCCAAAAACCUCUCCUCCACCAUCAUACGCAGUUCUAUCUGCGUCUGGGCACUCGCCACCGGUUCUUGCGAACUCCACUUCCUCCACCACCACGACAACGCAACCACAGGGACCUACUCCGGGAUCUACGCGACCGCUCUCCGCCAGCACUCAAGUCCAGGACGCGAAGACCACCGUCUACACGUCGUCGCGAUAUGCAACAACGGCACUGUGCUCACCGCGGCGGUCGGCUUGCCCGACGCGGUUACGGCCUUCCGACCUGCGGGGCUCCCGGCCAGUGUCCGAAACAUCCCCGACCGCGCGUGUUUUUCCUCCGACGGGACGCGCGUGCUGGUCGCCGAAUCCACGUGCUGCCUCGUCCUGGACACACUCACCGGCGCGACGAUCGCCGGCAUCGACAGCGGUCGCUUCGACGCCCUCUUCAGAGGCGUCCCAGAUGGCGCGGAGCUCUCGGGCGACGGACGGGUGGCGAUGAUACGGGGCAAGCGGCCGCAGUGGUGGUUUGGGCUGCAGCCGGAGUGGUGGCUCUGGAGGGUCGAGGACGGGACGCUGCACCAGGUGCUCAACUUCAAGGACGGACCGGCUGCGGAGAAGUUUGCGGGCCAGUUCGCCUCCCCGGACAUACACCAAAAGUGUGAGCACGCAUCGCACGAAUGGGAGCCGGAGCUCGAGCCCGUGCGGCGCGUAGGACCCGGCCGCGUCCGUCGUCGAGGUGCGCACCACGCGCCCUCCGCGUCCGUCUGCACGCGCGUUAUCAACCUUUUCCGGGUCCCGUUCUCCGGAUCGUGGACGCACCAUCGCAAGCAGCACAUCGAGGAGCGCGCCGGUGUGGCCCAGUCCCUGCACCUCGGGCGCGGUGACGAGGUCGAUGAGGACGAACAUGUGCUCGUCCUCGCGCGCCAAGAACGCCUUCCCUUCCAGCUUCUGUAUCGCUUCUUCGCACUCUGGCCCGUGCUGUCGCGGAUGAGAGGUAGAGCGUCAGGCGUUUUCGGGGCGCGCGAGGGGUGGUGGUCGAGCCCACCUUAG